UUUAUUUCUUCAAUAAUUUUUAAAUAUACUGAGAAUUAUAUAGAAGGAGAUUUAAAUUUAAAACGAUUUAAUUCACUAGUAGUUUUAUUUAUUUUUUCUAUAAUACUAAUAAUUAUAAGUCUAAAUUUAGUAACUAUUUUAUUGGGUUGGGAUUUAUUGGGUUUAGUUUCUUAUAUUUUAGUAAUUUAUUAUCAAAAUGUAAAAUCUUUUAAUGCGGGAAUAUUGACAGCUUUAUCAAAUCGUAUUGGGGAUGCUGCUUUACUAAUAAGAAUUGCUUUAGCCUCUAAUUUUGGUAAUUGAAGAUUUUUAUUUUAUUUGGAUUUAUUUAAUAAUGAUGCUUUUAUACUUAUAUUAUAUUUUUUUAUAAUUUUAGCAGCUUUAACUAAAAGAGCUCAAAUUCCUUUUUCUUCAUGACUUCCUGCUGCUAUAGCAGCUCCUACUCCUGUUUCAUCGUUAGUACAUUCUUCUACUUUAGUAACUGCAGGAGUCUACUUAUUAAUUCGAAUUGAAAUAGGGAUUUCUAGAAAUUUCUUAUUUAUUUUAUUAUAUAUUUCUUUAAUAACUAUAUUUAUGGCUGGGGUUUGUGCUAAUUUUGAAUUUGAUUUAAAAAAAAUUAUUGCAUUAUCUACUUUAAGACAAUUAGGUAUAAUAAUUGUUAUUYUAUGUUUAGGUGGUAGGGAUUUAGCUUUUUUUCAUUUAAUUAUACAUGCUUUAUUUAAAGCAUUACUUUUUAUAUGUGCUGGKAUAAUUAUUCAUAAUAUAGGUAAUUGUCAAGAUAUUCGUUAUAUAAGAGGUUUYACUUUAAGAAUACCUUUUACUUGUACUUGUAUAAAUAUUAGUAAUUUUGCUUUGUGUGGUAUYCCUUUUAUAUCUGGGUUUUACUCAAAGGAUUUAAUUGUUGAAAUUUUUUCAUUACAAAUUAAUAAUAUUAUUUUAUAUACUUUAUUUUAUCUAUCUAUUGGAAUAACAGUAUCUUAUUCUUUACGUCUUUCAUACUAUAUUUUUUUUGGGGUUAAUAAUUUAGUAAGUCUAAAUCAAGUUGAAGAAAAAAGUAAUUCUUUAAUAAUGAAGGGUAUAACAGGUUUAGUUUUUUUUGUUAUUUUUAUAGGGAGAUUAAUAAGAUGAAUCAUACAUAUUACUCCUUAUUUUAUUUUAUUACCUAUUUUUAUAAAAUUAUUAACAUUAAUUGUAAUUUUAUUAGGGGCUCUUUUAGGAUAUGAAUUUAAUAGUGUAUCUUAUUUUUAUAUUUCUAAAAUUU